AUGUUGUUUGAUUCGCUUAUGUCGGCUGCGAAAGCUCAAGGACUGAGUAUAUCCGAUUUUCGAGAGGGCGACGUAUUAUUUGUACGCAGCGGAUACGUACAACAAUAUGAAGCUAUGUCGCCCGAGCGGAGAGAGAAACUUGAUGAGUUGUAUCAGAGAGAAAAGCCCGAAAACAUUGGCUUGGAGCCUUCGAAAGAGCUCCUGGAAUUUCUUUGGAAUAUCAGGUUCGCCGCCGUUGCAGGCGAUUCAAGAUCUUUCGAAAAGUGGCCCUGCACGGCGCUGCAAUGGCAUCUGCAUGAGUGGUUGCUAGCAGGCUGGGGAAUGCCGAUUGGAGAGCUGUUUGACUUGGAGGACCUGAGCGCUACCUGUAACGAAUUGGGGAGAUAUACGUUCUUCAUUUCGAGCGAGCCUUUGAACGUGCCAGGCGGAGUUGCAAGCCCACCCAAUGCUCUUGCAUUUUUCUAG